AUGCACAACACAUCAACAGCUGUCUCUCCCUUUUAUGAUCAAGAGCCUGGUGCUCCACCCCCCUUCCUGCCUAUGCUUAUGGACCAGCUCGAACUUUUUGGCAGUCCUCAUCGUUCGACUAUGCUCGUUACUGACGAGAUUCUUCCGCCAAAGCCCAAGAACACGCUGGCACCUGAUUUCAAGCUUGUGGCACGCCCAUCCAAGAAUACUGAUCGUCUUUCUCGCUGUACCCAAAGAGAGUCUCUCUUGAACAGUGACUCAUCAACUUCGGCUGCAAGCCUAUCAGAGGACUCGAAGAUUCCAAAGCCUCCUGGUGAGCCCAGUCAUCCUGGGCGUGGAGGAUACACAAUCUGCGAGGCUUUGGAUUGGAGUCCAAAGGCAUACAGCAAGUUCAAGGCUGUCAAUGCUUUCCCCAACCUAGAAAACUAUAGCAAAUUCUGGCCAGUUGAUGAUAUGAUUAUGAUGCGCCUGAAAUAUACAUUGGGUCGUGCUAGGCAGAAAGAAGCAGGGAUGGCUAUGGGAAAGAGCAAGAAACAUACACCCAAGAAAACUUGA